ACCACGUAGCCACGUGGGUCCUCACUCAGGCGUAUAUGACCUACAGUUGUUUAGCUGUUAGUCUGGUGUGGUUCACUGCUGUCUGGACCUUCUGGAGUCACCACUACUUUGUUCCAACUGUGGCUCCUCUACUGGUACUGCUGUUGGUACCGUCCAGACAGUCUCAGAGACACAAGGACUCACAUGACGUGAAUGGUGAUGUCAAAUCUGGUCCAUCUUCAGACUCCAACACCAAACAAGACUGAAAUAUGAGUAGUGUUCAUUUU